CCGGAAGUCCCCCGCAAGCCCUGAGAAAGUGGGAUGCAGGUUAUGAUUGGUCGGUGCUUCGGUCAGUCUUCGGGCCCGUCUGUGGAGCAAGAUCUGGGAAGUACAGUCCGGCCUCAAGCCUCACCUUAGUUGGAGCUUGAGAGAGAGUGAGAGCCUUCCAUACAGCAGCCUCGCAGAGCAGAUAUUUUGACCUUGGCAUCUAGACAUCUCCCAUCUCCCCCAUGGCCCUGACAAUGCUGAAUGAGCUCCUGAUUGAGGACCCAAGUCCACCUCUGCUGCUCUAUCAGCUUAGCAAGACUGCCCAGUUAGAUGCCCUUAACUAUCAAAGCUGCUUUAUGCAGGGGGUCUUUGCCCAUUUUCCUGAAAUCUUAUUUAUCCACCGGACCUAUAACCCAAGGGGCAAGGUGUUAUAUACCUUCCUGGUGGAUGGACCUCGGGUGCAGCUGGAGGGUCAUCUUGCCCGGGCAGUCUACUUUGCCAUUCCCGCCAAGGAGGAUGCUGAAGGCUUGGCCCAGAUGUUCCAGGCCUUCAAGAAGUUUAACCCAGCAUGGGAGAGAGUCUGUACCAUCCUGGUGGAUCCCCACUUCCUCCUGCUGCCCGCCCUCGCUAUGGAGUUCCCCACAGCUGAGGUCCUGCUCUCAGCCUUCCACAUCUGUAAGUUCUUCCAGGGCAAGUUCUAUCAGCUGUCCCUCGAACAGCCCGUGGAGAGGGUCCUCCUGACCUCCCUGCAGAGCACGAUGUGCUCGGCCACAGCUGGAAACCUGAGGAAGUUGUAUACACUCCUGAGCACCUGCAUCCCACCGGCCCAGCUGCCGGAGCUCCACUCACACUGGUUGCUCAACGACCGCAUCUGGCUGGCCCAUCGCUGGAGAAGCCGAGCCGAGAGCAGACACUACUUCCAGGGCCUGGAGGUCACCGCCCACAUCCUCAGCCAGUUCUUUGGCACCACCCCAUUUGUGGAAAAAGGCAUGUCUGCCCUGCUCCGAUACCUGCAACAGAACUCAGGAGACAAGGCGAGUUUCAGCCUGGGCCUGAGUGCCCCGAACAGUCAUCCCCCUUCGGAUGGCAGCCCCGAAAGCCCCAAAGUGGAACAGUUGGUAGAAGCCCGCAUCCAAUACUCCCUUAAUGCCAUCUGCACGGGGCCGGCCGCCCAGCUCUGCCUGGGCGAGCUUGCCGUGGUCCAGAAAUCCAUGCACCUCAUCGGCUCUGGUUCCGAAAAGGUGAACAUACAGAUCCUGGAGGACACCCAUAGGGUGCAGCCCCAGACCCCGGCCAGCUGCAGCUGCUACUUUAACCAGGCCUUCCAUCUGCCCUGCCGCCACAUCCUCACCAUGCUCAGUGCCCGCCGCCAGGUGCUCCAGCCAGACAUGCUGCCAGCUGAGUGGACGGCAGGCUGUGCUGCCAGCCUCGGUGACAUCGUGGGCAGCAAGUGGAGUGAGACCCUGGAUAAGCACUUGGCCGUGGCGCUCCUCACGGAGGAGGUGGGUCAGCUCCUGCAGCACUGCAGUCAGGAGGAGUUUGAACGGCGGUACAACACCCUGCGCGAGCUGGCCGACAGCUGGAUCGGCCCUUAUGAGCAGGUCCAACUCUGAUUACCCUUGACGCUCAGAGGUGCUCAUCCGCAGAGUAUCUGCUCACAUCCCCACUACGCACACCCCCACACACAUUCACACGGUCGUACUUCCACGGGCCCUCCUUCCAGGGAAGAAGGACAAAGGUUUUCUCUUCCACUGCAGCCUGCUACCUACAACGUGUCUAAUUCCCAAAGACCGGAGGCGGCAAACCUUUCCCAUAAAGGGCCUGCUAGUAAGUAUUUUAGACUUGCUGGCCACGUAGAGCCUCUGUUCUAUAUUCCUGGUUCUUUGUUU